AUGUAUCCUGGACCAUGGCACCCUAUAACAACGCUUGCACACUUGCUACUCAGCACGGACAUACCUGCAAACCAGGUUUGCAGCCAGAACGGCGCUGAAUUGACCCAGUUCCUCUGGCAAGUAACAAGCAUCGCCAUGUUGGAAGGUGCAGCGGGUGCGGUCGAUAGCGGGGUCUACUUCAGCGAUACAAGGGGUGUAGAGAUCACCCUCUUCCUGGAUGGCAUAGUCUCUUGA